AUGCCGCUCUUUGCUCACUGGGAGCAUCUUGUCCCAGGUGCACCAUGUCCGAUCAAUUUCACCAAUGAGGAUGUUGAUCUUCAUUCCAAGGAGGAGGAGAAUAUAACUGGUGUUGGGAAAUUGCUGGCAUUGUUCUGGGAUGAGUCCAUGCUCCCAGUGGAUGGCAUGGUCGAGCCCAAAGACUAUGACAUGGCGCAAAAGAAUAGCCGGAAAUUCAAAAGCAUCUUCAUCGGGUUGGCCAAAGAUGACGAAGGAAUUAUUCACGGAACUCUGGCCGUAUCAGGAACCCGCUGA